ACCAUAUUUAUAUGAGAAUUUUGUAAUCUUCAAAAACUAAAAAGAAUGUGAAAUUAUAGUUAUUAAGUAAGGUAUUAUAUCUGUAAUGGAAAUUGGCGUUCGUUUUCCAUCCUACCAUUUACUUAUGCAUCACUUGGAGGAAUUUACCAAGGAAACACAAUGCAAAUUUUGGAAAAGAGAUGCGAGGACUAUUGGUGCUGCUAGAAGUUUAGGUGUAACGAAGCAUUUAAAUCCAGAUCUAAUAUAUUUUGAAUUAAAAUUCUCUUGUGUUUAUGGGGGAGUGGAUUUUAAAACGAAAGGAAGAAAUAUUCGUCCUAGACAGCCAAGCCUAAAAACAAACGGGUGCCCCGUAUUUUUGCGGUUUAAGGCAUCAGAGGACGGUGAAGCUCUUCAGUUGGUUGCGAAAAAUCUGAAUCAUAAUCACGAAUUGAAGUUACCAACGAAAAAGAAGGUGACAUCAGAAUUCGAACUGAGCGAAUCGGAAACGAAAAGAUCUAAAUGGGAGAACAUGAACGACACCGAGAGAGACACAUAUGAUCAAGACGACGAUGACCUUAAAGAAGAAAUUGUAAAAUAUGAAGGCUUGAUAGCACCAGUUUAUACACCUUUUAAUAAUGAUCCCACAAGAUCUUUAAAUUUGGAAAUUCUUCCGUCAUAUGCUCAAUAUUUGAUUGAUAAUGGUAUAACAGGCAUCUUAAUUAACGGAACGGCGGGCGAGGGAACAGUAAUGACAGUCGAAGAAAGAAAAUUGGUUGCAGAAGUUUGGGCACAACUUUGCUCUCAAGGGCAGUUGCAUUUGAUGGUUCAUGUCGGAGGAGUUCCUCUACCUGACGUUCUUGAGCUGGCGCAACAUGCAGAACACAUCGGGGCAAAUUCUAUAUUGUGUCUACCCGAAUUAUUUCAUAAACCGGCAACUUGCGACGAUCUUAUAAGAUACUUGCAACUUGUUUCACAGGCUGCACCUAAUACACCACUAUUUUAUUACCACAUUCCAAGCUAUAGUGGCGUUAACUUACACAUGGGCGAGUUUUUAAAUAAGGUCCAAGGCUCUAUACCAACAUUGAGCGGAAUAAAGUUUACAUCAACUGUGUUGGAUGAAGGAUAUGCUGCACUUAAAGCAUGUAACGAGAGAUUUACUGUGUUUUUGGGUUCAGACACGGUAAUGGCAGGUGCAUAUGCCUUAGGCUUUGAGUCUGCGAUCGCAACCACACUAAACAUGUUACCCCAAUUUGGACAGCAGAUCGUUCAAUGUAUCAAAGAUGGAAAUAUAAAGGAAGCGCAGGAAAAACAGAACGAUCUAAAUUCAGCAUUAGAAAUUAUUGCAAAACAUGGAGCGUGGGUACCAUCCACGAAGAUGGCUAUGAAUUUGUUGUCACCAAUAGAUGUGGGCCCUACUAGGGAACCAAUAAAAACGUUAACCGCGGAAGAAGCCAAACAAAUGGAAAAUGAAUUGACAAGUUUAAGUUUUAUAACAUCGUAAGUUAGGUACAUAACGACGAAGUAGCGGGUAGCUGAGAGCUUAACUACUAUACUGCUUGUGUUGAAUAAAGUUAAUGUAAUAAAUUGUA